AAUAAUAAUGCGUACGUCUUUUCUCUUACGGUUAUCGAAAGGUAGAAUUGGAAGAGUGAGGGACUCCUGUGAGGCUGUGAUACAGAGCAAAGGUCGUUUCCUCUGUUCAUUUCCACUCCGGCACUCCCCCAGUCCCCCGCCGUUGACGUUGUGAAAGCAAAGAGAAAAGAGAUCAUGGCUGUAUAUUACGACCGGCAAGCAGAGGCAUACCUCAACGCAAGGCCAAUGUAUCCCAGUGAAUGGUACUCGAAGCUUGCGGCUCUCACCCCUAAUCGGACCUUGGCCUGGGAUGCCGGCACGGGCAAUGGGCAAGCAGCAAUUGGGGUAGCUGAACACUAUGACCAAGUGAUUGCAACUGAUUCAAGUGAAGGCCAAAUAAAGCAUGCAAUACCACACCCCAAGGUUUGUUAUGUCCAUACUCCACUCUCCAUGUCUGAGGAUGAAUUAGUAUCACUGAUAGGAGGUGAAGGGUCAGUUGAUCUGGUCAUUGUGGCUGUAGCUGUCCAUUGGUUUGACCUCCCAAGCUUCUAUUCUGUUGUUAAUCGCGUCUUAAGAAAACCAGGAGGCGUAAUCGCUGUUUGGGGUUACAAAAACUUCACCGUAGAUCCGAUUUUUGAUUCAGUCAUGGAGCGUUACAUUGACACUGCUCGUCCUUUCUUUAAUCCAAACAUUCGUUACAUAAAUGAUUCUUAUUGCACACUUCCUUUUCCAUUCGAGAGCGUUGGUAUUGGAUCAGAAGGUAAUCCAUUGAUGCUUGAGUUAACUCAGGAGUUGUCAUUUGAUGGGGUAUUGAAAGAGUUGAGCUCAUGGUCUGUAUUCUCUAAAGCCAAACAAAGUGGUGUUGAUUUGUUAUCAGAAGGUAUGGUUAAAGAGCUUCAGAGUGCAUGGGGUGAGUCUAGUUUGAUAAGGACAGUGAACCGCAAGGCUUUCAUGAUUGCAGGCAAACCAAGGAUUUAAGCCCACUACUUGAAUAUCAUAUAGUUAUAAUUAUAUAUGCUAGUAGCUCCAGCUCUUUUGUGUUGGAUCAUGUAUUUUUUUUUUUUAAUUUGAAAUUAAAAAAUUCACCAUUAAUAAAAGGGAAAAGGCUGGUCACGCUA